CUUCCCCUUUACUCCCUCUCCCUCUCUGCUUCCUCUCUUCCAUCACAAUUCACAUAUGCAAAGAAAAACACACAAACACACAUAGUGAAGGGAGAGUCCAUAGAUAGACAUUCCGAAACCUAUUUGAAUGAUGGUUUGGACCUUUGGUCCUCCAUCCCCCUCUCUAUCUCUCUCCUCGUUGCCUUCUCCUAUUCCUUCUCUUUCUCACUCCAAAACAACACCACCAACAAGAACACCCCACAUGCGAACCCAUGAUGAUCCUCUACAUGUAAUCCCACCAUAACUCCCCUAUACCCGCCUGAUCUCCACCAAAACCAUGUCCCCAGAGCCCUCCCCUCCUCCGAUCCCCAACGACCGACCCUCCUCGCCCGACAACCACACCCUAAACCCCGAUUCCACAAACGACACCCCGGCCCCACAAAACGAUGCCGCCCCCGCUCCUCCCGUCAAUAGGAGUAACCGCCCAUCUCGCGCGUGCACCAUUCGCGCCGCGGCUCGGCUCCACGCCGCGGCGGCUCCUGCGCCGGCCAGUAAGCCGAAGAAGAAGGAGCAGCGACAGGACGACUCGCCGCAGCCCAAGGAGCAAUGCAGCAAGAUCGUCACGCCGCUGCUGGGGUCGCCCCCGCCUUCGCAAUUGCCCCGGUGGACCAUCCGGUCGAUGUGGGAGCUGGCUUCCGUACUCAAUUUCUUGCAUGUAUUUAGGCCUCUUCUGAAUAUCACGGCGGAGUUCUCGGCCGAGGAGUUCGAGACGGCUUUGAUUACUCCCAAUGAUACUUUGAGUGACAUACAUAUACCUUUAUUGAAGGCGAUCCCUCCUGUUACGCGAAUGGCACUUACACGUGAUACAUGGGUCACUGUUUUAUGUAGAAAAUUGAGAGACUGGUGGCAUUGGGUCGCAGAUGGGGAUCUACCCAUCGUUGCUUCUCAUGGAUUGGAGGUUGAAGAAUAUAAAAUGCUUGAUCCAGGGAUUCGUGUGGUCAUCUUGAAAGCACUCUGUGACAUUCGUGUUGAGCAAGAAGAUAUCCGGAACUAUAUUGACAACUCACUUAAACAUGGUGUUCAGCUUUCAGCAUUUCGUAAAGAACGUGUAGGGGGUGAUUCACAAGGAAUUUCUUACUGGUAUGAAGAUGACCCUAUAAUUGGUCAUCGUUUGUAUCGGGAGAUAAGGAAAGUUGAGGUGAAGAAAGCAAAGACAAAGGGUUCCCAGGUUCCUCUUAGUGCAUCAUACCUGUGGGAAACAGUGGCAACCAAUUUUGAUGAAUUUCAAGAUGUUUCUGAAAAGCUUUUCUCAAGUAAAAAUAGAACAGAGGCUUCGCUAGGAAAAAAGUUGAAGAUAGACAUGCUUCCUGAGAUUGAGAAGGAUCAUAAGAGGAAAGAGAGGUUGCUGAAAAAGCAACAUAGACAAGCUCUCCUUCUUGAUAAUUUUUUGACUGUGGAUGGACUUGGUCCAGGACGCUCCCUUCGUGACAGAAAACCUGUCACCUAUACCUUUGAUGAUUAUGACCGGUCCAUCAACGAGGCUAUCAAGAUAACCAAACGAAAACCACCAUCCCCAGAACCUCCACACAGAAGAGAUCUGGUUGUGAAACCUGAAGCUUCUAUAAAUGGUAAAUGGAGUGGUCCUUCACAUGCUUCUCAGCAUGACAAUUUCAGUGCCCCAUCUCCCACAUCACCUGAUUUUGAUGAUGCUCAGGAAGAGGAUAAAGCAGAAGCAUUGGAUAGAAGCAAUCGGCGGAGACAGAGACCGCAACGGUAUUCUGCAAAAGAGUUUGUUGAAGCAGUUUCAGAUAAUGAGGCAGACUAUGACAGUGAUGACGAGAUAGUUGGGGAAGCUGUUUAUGAUGAGGAAUAUCUGAGGAAACGUAAAGAGAGGAGGAAGCUGUCUAGUAGUUCUGAAGGAGAUGAGGAGUAUCGUUGGGAAGAAGAAAAUGCUGAAGAAGAGGAAGAGGAAGAAGAAGAUGAUGGUGAUUCCUUAAGUGUCAGCGAGGACAGUGAUGAGCCCCGAAAAUUUAGAAAACUGCCAGGCCGUACUAGGAGGGAAACAAAACUAAGGUCAGUUGGUGAGCUCCAGUCAGGUCUAAGACGCAGUAAGAGGGCCACCAGAAAUCGUAUUAAUUACCGACAGUAUGAGGUGUCAGAAUCAGAAACAGAAACAGAGUCUAUGAAACCCGAGAAGUCAAAUACAUCGGAUGCACGCUCAGAUGCAAGUGAGAAUGGGGACUAUUCAGUGGAAAGUCAGGAUUCUGAUGUCAAUGAUAAUGUCCAGGAAAUGAAAGUUGAUCAGCCUGUUGAAGCUGACACUGAUGAGAUGGUAGAGAAAGAGCAAAAUAAGCCGCCUGAGAAAUUGAACAGCCCCGGCCAAGAUGAAAUCGAGGGUGUACGGAAAAGACGUUUCCUUGAUCUAAAUGAGCUUGCUCCUGGUUCUGGUUUUGAUGAUGGUCCGAACACAGUAAUAAAAGAUGAAGAUACAGAUGACUUAUGAAGCUUCCCUCUGCUGGAAAGCACAGGGGAGUUGUUUUCUCCCGGGAAGCUGUGUACGAUAGUAAGUUUAUAAAUUUUGUGAGAAGCCCACGGAGGAAGUUAGUUAGAGUUCUUCCAUGGUGUAAUUUAAGCAGCUACUCUGGUGAUGAUUUGCUGCUGGGAGCAAUGUGAUGCUGAGAGUUAUGUAGAUUAGGUAGUCAUUUUUUAGUUUCUACAUUCAAAGAAACCUACGACAGAUGAAUCGGGAAUUGUUGGGAGUUCGUUAGUCAUCCAAUCAAUGUACAAUAACCAUUAACUAAUAUUGUAACUGAUAAAAUUUGCCCCAUCAAAUGUUCGAGCCAUGUAGUUUUUAUCUCGUGUUCAUGACAAUGAUGUGCCAUUGAGGCUGAGCAUUUGGGUUGGUUGGGUCUGUUGAUAAAGCAAUCAGGUUAGAAACUGUUGUGUUUAUUGUAAUGGACCAUCCUCCCUCUUAAAGGUAACUAACUUGUAUCUUCUUUUUUUUUUUUU